AUGGCGUCUGAAUAUCCUCUGCCCUCGCACCCACGCCCGGGCUUCCUGGAAGGCGCCUUCUGGGGUGGAGGCGGAGCCCUUGUCGGCGGCAGGCUGCUCCUGCGGUGGCCGAAACACCUGGUAGUUCCCAAAGGGAUAGCUUACGAGGUGCCCUUUCACGACCUGCCUCCACUCGGGCUGCAAUACGUCACACCGGGGUUCGUGAUAGCGUCAUCACCUGUUGGGCUGGGCGCUUGUAUACGUUGCUAUACACGUUGA